AUGGCGCAGAUUGACGAGUUUAGUGCCCCGCAAUCCCUCCCAAAGAAUCCGGGGCUGUACGUGAAUGGUUCAUUCCAUAGGCCCAGGGAUGGCUUUUACCAAGAGAUUAUUAGUCCCAUAAAUGGCAAGAUAAUCACCAAAGUCGCCUUUGCCGGAAAAGAAGAUACAGUUUCUGCACUAGAAGCUGCCGACAAGGCCUUUGAAGGAUGGCGCUCUGUCUCCACGCUAGAACGGUGCAACAUCAUGCGCAAGGUGGCUCAGGUCGUGCGCGAUCAUGCCGAGGAGCUUGCUACUUUGGAUGCUUGGAACAUUGGCAGCCCCAUCUCUAUCAUGCGGGCUGAGGUCGAGUACUCCGCCAUGAACUUUGACCUGUUCGCCGGUCUGGCUCCGGCUGUGACGGGGGAGACCCACCGCUUGACGGACGACAUGUUCCAUUACAUGAUCCGAGAACCUCUAGGUGUGGUGGCGCGCAUUAUCCCGUACAAUCAUCCAUUCUUGGGCAUGGCCAUCAAGAUGGUGACACCACUGGUCAUGGGUAACACGGUCGUCGUCAAGGUCUCGGAGCAGGCACCGCUGUCCGCUUUCCGACUGAUGGAGAUCAUUGGUGACCUUUUCCCACCUGGAGUUGUCAAUGUAUUGGCCGGUGGCCGUGAGAGUGGAGAGGUCCUUUCAAGUCACCCCGUUGUGAAAAAAGUCACUCUUGUCGGCAGCGUGCCUGUAGGGCGAGCCAUCUCCCGCAGCGCCGCUGACACGCUAAAACUCACCACUCUGGAACUCGGUGGCAAGAACGCUCUAGUUGCCUAUCAAGAUUCUGACAUCCCAAAGUUGGUUGAAGGGAUUGUGAAAGGAAUGAACUGGUUCUGGUGUGGGCAAUCGUGCUCGUCGACUUCACGCGUCUUUCUCCACGAGUCAAUUCACGACGAGGUAGUCAAGCAAGUCGUCGAAAGAAUUAAUGCGGAACAUAAACCGGGAAACCCUCUGAAAACCGAAACAACCAUGGGCGCUCUCGUAGAUACCAAAGCUAUAGAGCGAGUGAAGAAGUACGUCGAGAUCGGUAGGGCUGAGGGGGCGACGCUGGCCACUGGGGGGGGAACGCCGAGUUUGAGCGGAGAGCUAUCCGGGGGUUGCUUUUGGUCUCCCACAGUCUUUACCAAUGUCAAACAAAACAUGCGAAUUGCCCAGGAAGAGAUUUUUGGCCCGGUCAUGGCUAUUCUCAAGUGGAGUGACGAAGACACACUGUGGAAGGAGGUCAACUCGGUGGAAUAUGGUUUGACAGGCUCCAUUUACACCACCAAUACUGCUACGGCGCAGAAGGCUGUCAAGAGAAUGGAGGCGGGUUAUUGCUGGAUCAACACUAGCUCGACGCAUUUCUUGGGGCUCCCGUUUGGUGGAUAUAAACAGUCAGGUAUGGGUCGCGAGCACAGUUUACACGAGCUAUAUGACAUGACGCAGGUCAAGACGGUCCACAUGAGCUUGGAGUAGUUAUUACUAUAAGACAGAUACAAUGUCAAGAAUCAC